AUGAAUCUCUCCGGUUUACUUGGUAACUUUUCCAAUGCGACUCUGGCGCACCAACCAGAAAAUUCGUCUCACUGGAAGCCCUUUCCGAUUGCUGUCCUUGUUAUAAUCUGUCUAGGCGCUGUGCUGAAUAUUCUCGUUCUUCUGACGUUUCUGAAGUCAGGUGCCAUACGUACACCAUUUAACAUAUACUUAGUUAAUCUGCUGAUCACCAAUCUCCUGCAUGUCGUACUGAUCAAACCUCUUGAAGUUGCUUCCAAUGUCCUGGGUGGAUGGACGCUGGGGUAUUCAGCAUGUACGUACUUUCUGUACGCACUGUACAUAAUCAAUGCCGAAAUGAUCCAUGCGCACGCCCUUAUCAGCAUUAACCGCAUCUGGGCGGUGACCUUUCCUAUCAGUUACAAGUACCGGCACACUAAGGUCACCGCCAUUGCUAUAUGCGUGGCCAAUUGGAUCUACGUCAACGCGCUUCUACUGCCGCAGAUUAUUCGUGAUGCCGUAUGGUACCGUGAACUACAAAUAACCCCGUUCUGCUUUUUGCAUGUCAAGCCACAGUAUUCGCUGAUUGUGUUCACGGAGUUCUGGUGCUAUGUGGUCCCGGCGGUGGUCAUCGCUGGCGCGUUUCCCUAUGUAAUGUGUAAACGGCGAAAGCGUACUAUCGCUUUUGUGACCGAAGAACCAAACCCGGAGAUAGCGACUGUGGGUAGUAUUAAAGUGAGUCUUCGGUCGGGUCACAAGGGCACCAUUCGUCCAGGCGGACCCAAUGAUACCCCAAGCGAAUUACGAACAUCCGGUCCCCAACGAUCUAGUGGCUACAUGAUCUUUACAGCGUUAACGGUGACCGUCCUGGUCUGUUGGAUUCCUAACAUCGUCUUUUUCAAAAUGAACUUACUGGUAGAGUAUUACGAUACAACUGUUUAUGAGAUUGUGGCCUCCUUGUUUAUGCUGCAGGCUGUAACUGAUCCUGUCUUUUUCAUUAUCAGUUUAAAAGAUAUUAGAGCCAAUAUAAGGAAGAUAUUCUGCUUGUCAGUUUGA